AUGGAUUUUAUGAACACGGAAUAUGAGUUCUUAGACUUGUCAGAUGUAAAAGAAGCAGAACUGAGCAGUCUGCAGUGUGCGCUGUUCAAGAAAUCUACGAGCAACGCGUCCACCGCUCAAAACGGUUGGACCGAAACUGCUACAGACAUUUCAUCGUGUUCAUCGAGCACGGCAGGACCAACGACCGUGUCGAGCAGCCUGGACAGCCUGUCGGGCGGCGAGUGCGAGAUGGCGCCCCACUCGCCGCAGCGGGGUGCGGCUGGUCCGCCCCACGCGCCGCCGCCCUACAAUCAGCCGCCCGCUUAUCCACCGCCUCCGCACCACCAAUGGCCAGUCGCACCCCCCAAUGUAUACGUCAGUCAGGUCACAGCAAAUGUCAACGUCCACGGCUAUAUGGGACAAUACUAUCAACCACCGCAGCCCCAAUAUGUGCCACAGCAACCGCAAGUGGACAGGGCCCCACGUAACCAUCGCCGCGAUAGACGGAACAAACGUGCUCCUUCCCCUCCACAACCGCAACCUCCCCCCUACUAUGUCCCGUAUCCACAGUAUUAUCCUGCUGCACAAGCUCAAGGUGCUCCCCUAUACCAUCUGCCAAUGUAUCAACCUUUAGUGUAUGGGGCCUACCCAUACCCUCCAUAUUAUCCAGAGUAUCCAAUACCAGUUGAAGGUGAUACAGGAGAAAAAGCCCCAGAUGAAUACUCUCAAGAAGUCAUGAUGGAACAAGAAGCGGUGGAAGCCUAUUAUGCUGGAGCACAUUAUGCGGGACCACCUUAUGGUCCGCCAGUUGAAGGCGGCGUCGAAUACAUGCCGCCGAUGUUUAUCCCGCCCCCACAUCCUCCCGCACCAUUGCCAAUACCACAGCAACCACCUCAUCAAACAACCCCUCAUCAGUUUAACGUACACGCCAAAAACUUUGUCCAAGGUCAAAAUCAAAAGAACUUCACUGGUGAUAAAACGCAAGAACAAAAAGUGCCAGUGAUGUCUACUGUAUCAACUAUACCAGCAUCAAGUGUGGAAGCACUCCCCUUAAAAGAUCUCAAAAUAAACAAAGGACCCAUCAGUCCAAAGCAGGAACGAUCAAAUGACUUGAAUAGCAAGCCAAUCAAUGCAACAGGGGAUAAAGUUUCUCCAACCUUAAAAAUAGACCCCACCAAACCCACUUGGACAGAAAAUAAAAUUCAGGAAAAUAAUCAAAAUGCAUUAAAACCGUACCCAUCUCCACCAGUGACAAGCACUCAAAAUAUUGCCCCAAAAGCAGUUCCGAUCAUUAAUAAAACUCCAAAAGGGCCAACACCACCUUUCUCUACAGGCAAACAGGCAACAAAACCAACUCUUCCUACUGCUUUACCUGUACAACAGACAGCUUCUGCUCCUAAACCUCCAUUUGGAAACAGACAGAAACGUGAAGGACCAGCCAAUCGAUCACCAUCAAAUGAAACUGCUGAAGACAGAACUGUGAUUGCAGAACAUAUAAAGCGCGAACCACCGCUACCCCCCAGUAAAGCUCCGAUGCCUAUUUCAAUAACAUUACAUGCUCAAGGACAACCACUUAUAGUGACGAAUAAGUCACCGUUUUCACAUUCCCGCAAAGUGGCUCCCGUUGCCGAGCCACCGCCAGUUCCUCAGCCUCCACCUCCGGCUCCAACUGCGUCAGACUUUCCCCCACCUCCAACUCCUCGGAACCGUGUAGUAGAACCAGUGCCUACACCAGUAGUUCAACAACCACAGCCUGCACCCGGAAAGUCUUGGGCCAGUCUUUUUUCAAAUAAACCAUCUAAUAUAACUACAAUAUCGCCGGCUACAGUUACAGUUGAAGAACAGCCCUCUAGUCCAACGACUGUGACUCCGCCUAUUGCGCCUAAUGUACAAAAGCCAGUAGCUAAGGUGCCACCGUAUGAUGCAUCGCCAUUACAAACUGUUGGAACAGAAAAAGCUCCUCCAAGAACACCUACAGCAGGACCCACUAUCUCCUAUUCUGAGAAGACGUCGGUGAAUGCUGCUAGCGUCGCACCUGCAGCUCCAGUUGUGGCUAAACCCACGACAACUACAUCAGAAGUUCGUGAUGGUCCGAUUCAGAAAGAAACAUCGCCAGCAGUACCUGUGCAACCAUCGCCGUUUAGUGAUGACCCAAAUUCAUACAGAAUGGGAGAAUUCCUAUCAAAAUAUCAAUUGGACAACAGGCCAGUAUCGCUCCUGCCUCGGGGGCUCACAAAUCGUUCCAACUACUGCUAUGUAAAUGCAAUCCUUCAGGCGCUAAUAGCCUGUCCCCCAUUCUAUAACAUGUUAAAGGCACUCCCAUAUCAGACCCGCCGUGGAAAGUCUAGUACCCCUGUUAUUGAUUCCAUGGUGGAACUCUGCUAUGAGUUUAGUCCAUUAGCUAGUACCAAUCGCCGCGCCCGUGGAGACACUACAAACAACACCGUAUCUGUACCGGCUGGGCCACCUCUAGAUGGCACUGCUGGGCUUCGAGUGUUGAGGGCUCUAAGGCCUUUUCCAGGGUCUCAGGAAGGACGGCAAGAAGAUGCUGAGGAGUUUCUUGGCUGCUUAUUAAACUCUCUGAAUGAUGAAAUGCUUGAGUUAAUAAAACUAGUUGAACCAGAUGAACCAAAGGACACUAAUGGCCGGCAAAAUGGUGUUGUUGCUCAAGAGCAACCACCAGAAGAAGAUGACGAUGAUGAUGAGUGGAAAGUAAUGGGUCCUCGAAACCGUGGUGCUGUGGAGCGCCGCUGGUCUGCGCGACGCACCCCGGUUGCGGACAUCUUCCGCGGUCGCACGAGACUGCGUCUGCACCGUGCCCCCCAUCAUGACGUCACAGAUGCUGUGCAGCCAUUCUUCACAUUACAACUAGAUAUCGAGAGAUCAAGCACAGUAAAAGAUGCACUUGAACUCCUCGCUGGCAAGGAUACACUCGAAGGAGUGUCAGAUGCUUGGCAGCAGCUAUCGCUUGAACAGUUGCCUGUUGUGCUGCUCCUACACCUCAAGUGCUUCCAGCUGGAUAAUGAGGGUCACACUGCAAAGAUUGUUAAGAACAUUGACUUCCCCAUUGACUUAAAGAUAGAUCCUAAAAUUAUGUCAAGCAAGCACACGUCUAAGCAGCGCCUAUACAAGCUAUUUGCAGUUGUAUACCACGAGGGGGUGGAAGCUGUUAAGGGGCACUAUUUGACCGACACCUACCAUGGACAAGCUGGCUGGAUCAGAUAUGAUGACUCAACUGUGACACAAGUAAGCGACGCUCAAGUCCUCAAGCCAAAAGCACCUCGCAUGCCAUACUUGUUGAUGUAUAGGCGACACGACACGCUGCCUGCCCAUCGACCAGCUGGCAAAGCUGAAUAG